UGCCCCCCCUCCGCUGUGGAGACGCACCGGUUGCGCACAGUUUGCUGACGUUGCCUGUGAAGCGGAGGCAGCUUCAUCGCCGCUUUCCUCUCCAGGGAAUCAACGUUGCUCUGAAAAGAUGUUCUUCUUUCAACAUGUGCUGAAGUGAGGAAGAUGGAGCAGCAGGUGGAGAACCAAAGCCAGUUGCUCAGCGCAGGGGCGCUGCCGGCCACAGUCCUAAUGGGGGUGGGGGUGGAUAACUUUGUCUCCCUCCUCAUAUUCGGGAUCAUCUUCAUCCUGGGGGUGCUGGGGAACAGCCUGGUGAUCACCGUGCUGGCGCGCAGCAAACCGGGCCAGCCGAGGAGCACCACCAACAUCUUCAUCCUCAACCUGAGCGUGGCGGACCUGUCCUACCUCCUCUUCUGCGUCCCCUUCCAGACCACCAUCUACAUGCUGCCCACCUGGGUGCUGGGAGCCUUCAUCUGCAAGUUCAUCCACUACUUCUUCACCGUCUCCAUGCUGGUCAGCAUCUUCACGCUCUCCGCCAUGUCCGUGGACCGCUACGUGGCCAUCGUCCACGCCAGGAAAGCCUCGUCGAUCCGCGUGGGGAGGCACGCGCUGCUCGGCGUGGUGCUGAUCUGGACAGUGUCUGUGGUGAUGGCCGCGCCCGUGGCGCACUACCAGAGCAUCGUGGAGCGGGAGGACAACAACACCUUCUGCUGGGAGGUCUGGCCGGAGCAGCACAGGAAGAUCUACGUGAUGUGCACCUUUGUGUUCGGCUACCUGCUGCCGCUCUGCCUCAUCUCGGUCUGCUACGCAAAGGUCUUAAACCAUCUGCACAAAAAGCUGAAGAACAUCUCCAAGAAAUCAGAGUUGUCCAAAAAGAAGACUGCUCAGACCGUCCUGGUGGUGGUUGUGGUCUUCUGCCUGUCCUGGCUGCCGCACCACAUCGUCCACCUGUGGGUGGAGUUCGGCUCCUUCCCUCUGAACCAGGCGUCCUUCGUCUUCAGGAUGGUUGCUCACUGCCUGGCCUACAGCAACUCCUCCGUCAACCCCAUCAUCUACGCCUUCCUGUCCGAGAACUUCAGGAACUCCUACAAGCAGGUGUUCUGGUGCAGGGCGCCCAGCGAGUGUCCGCUGAACGAAACCAGAGACGCUCGUAGCAGGAUGGAGACGGCGCCCUCCACUUACAUCAGCGUGACUCACAAAGGGCACAGCGCUCAGACGGGGAAAAUGCUUUGAUGGCUGUGACCCCGACUGAUUGCUUUCUCCUGUAAAUACAGACAUUUCAGAUGAUGUAACGGAACCGAUUUAUAACAGUCAUUCGAUUCUGUUCUUUUAGUUCCAGCUGUAUUUCUCUGAUAGAUGGACAGGAUGCAGUAAUUAGAGUAUUCAGGAAGAACUGAUCGCAGAAAAUCAUUGAUUUCUUUCAAGGGACAC